CGGAUGACGACCGCUCCGGACAACAGCGGCAAGGGCAAGCACACCCUCGUCCCGCCCGUGCCGUAUAAGCCGCCGCCUAAGGAGGGCGAAGAACUGCCGGCUGAGGAGGAGGAGUAUGAUGAGGAUGCCGAGGACGUUGAGGACGAUGGGGAUGCUGAGGACGCUGAGGAUGCUGGAGAUGCGGAGCACGUCAAUGGGAACGUAGAGGGGCAGGAAUUUGAUGAGGAGGAGGAAGAGGAGGAGGAGGUUGAGGAAGAGGGCCCCGGCCUCACCGCGUUGUAUGACAAGGAACUGCCGGAGGAUGAUGAAGAUGACGAGGAUGAUGUGUAUGAGCCUGGUGAUGAGCCUGAAGAGGACGAAGAAGAAGAGGAGGAGGAAGGUGAGGGACCCGCUGCUGGUCCCUCCAAUCCCCAGGGGACAAAGCAUCCCAGAGAGGAGGAUGAGGACGAGGAAGACGCCAAAAAGAAGGCCAAAACCGAGUAAACUCCCACUUCGAAAUGCCACGCGACAUGAUCGUUGGAGACGACGCCGCGCCAGUAUUCCAUGCAUUCAUCGAUACAUCGGGGUGGUGUUACAGGAUCUUUUGUGAUUAGGGCUUGUUAUAUAUACUUCCUCAAGGCAC